AUGGCCACGCUCUGUACACCCAUCGUCGGUUUCGCGGUCGGCGCGCGCGCGCAGACCCGGACGCGCGUCGCCUCCCGCAGCCUCAGCCUGCGCGGUAGCCUCGCGGGCACCGCCCUCGCCGGCACCGCGUCCCGUCAGCAGGCCAACCGCCGCGGAUCCCUCUGCGUCGUCGCGGGAAAGAAGGACAAGCGCAAGGCCGGUGGCGGUGGCGGUGGCGCGAAGACCGCCGGCGGUGGCGCGAAGACCGGAGGCAACCAAGGCCACAAAUCCCCGGGAAAGGUCAAGGAGGGUUCCGCCUACCAGACCGAGACCCGCAAGAUCAUCCUCUCCCUCUCCAAGGUCCGCAAGGUCACCCCAACCGGGAAGGAGCUCAUCAAGAACAUCAACCUCGGGAUGUACCUCGGCGCCAAGAUUGGCAUCUUGGGCGCCAACGGCGCGGGUAAGUCCACCCUGAUGAAGAUCCUCGCGGGCGUGGACAAGGAGUUCGACGGCGAGAUCUAUCUCGACGACGGCAUCAAGGUCGGGUACCUGCCCCAGGAACCCCCCCUGGACGACGGCGAGACGGUGAUGGAGAACAUCGAGGUGGGCGUCGCGUCGGUGAAGAAGGACAUCGACGAGUACAACCAGAUCGCGAUGGACAUGACCAACCCGGACUGCGACAUGGACAAGCUGAUGGCCCGCAUGGACGCGCUGCAGACCAAGCUCGACGCCACCAACGCGUGGGAGAUCGACAGGACCGUGGAGCGCGCGAUGGACGCCCUUCGAUGCCCCCCGGGUGACGCGCUCGUGAAGAACCUCUCCGGGGGCGAGCGCCGACGCGUCGCCAUCUGCCGUUUGCUCCUCGCGCAGCCCGACAUCCUGCUCCUGGACGAGCCCACGAACCACCUGGACGCGGAGAGCGUGGCGUGGCUCGAGAAGUUCCUCGCCACGUUCCCGGGCACCGUCGUCGCGAUCACGCACGACCGCUACUUCCUGGACAACGUCGCGGGGUGGAUCCUCGAGCUCGACCGCGGCGAGGGCAUCCCGUUCGAGGGCAACUACAGCGCCUGGUUGGAGUCCAAGUCCAAGCGGCUGGAAUCCGAGCAGAAGAAGCAGGACGCGCUGUCGCGAACGAUCAACCAGGAGCUGGAGUGGGUGAGAAAGAACGCCAAGGGCCAACAGAAGAAGGGUAAGGCUCGCCUUCGAGCGUACGAGGAACUCUGCGACGAGGCUAACAAGUUCACCGCGCGAGCGGACCUCGACAGCAUCACGAUCCCCGCCGCCCCACGCCUCGGCGACGUCGUCGUGGACGUGAAGGGCGUGUCCAAGGGGUACGAGGGCCGCGGCCUGCUCAUCGACGGACUCGAUUGCGCGAUACCGCCCGGCGCCGUCGUCGGCAUCGUCGGCGCCAACGGCGCCGGCAAGACGACGCUGUUCAAGAUGAUCACCGGAAUCGACGAGCCCGACAAGGGCGAGGUGGUCGUGGGCGAGACGGUCAAGCUGAUGUACGUGGACCAGAGCCGCGAUUCGCUGAACGACGACAAGACGGUCUUCGAGGAGCUCUCCGGCGGCGCGGAGGAGAUCUCGCUCGGUUCUCGAACCGUCAACGCGAGGGCGUACUGCAGCUGGUACAACUUCAAGAGUGCCGAUCAGCAGAAGAAGGUCGGGCAGCUCUCCGGCGGCGAGCGCAAUCGACUGCAGCUCGCCAAGACGCUCACGUCGGGGGGUAACGUCCUGAUGCUCGACGAGCCCACGAACGACCUCGACGUGACGACGCUGAGGGCGCUGGAAGAGGCCAUCACGUCUUGGAACGGCGUCACCAUGUGCAUCAGCCACGACAGGUGGUUCCUGAACAAGAUAUGCACGCACAUCAUGGCGUACGAGGGGGACUCGCAGGUGACGUUCUUCCAGGGAUCGUAUGACGAGUACGAGGAGCACAGGAAGGAGCGCAUGGGGGGCGGCGAGCCGACCAGGAUCAAGUACAGGCCAAUGCCCGCCAUGGCGUGAUGAAUUUAGUUAACCAUGAAUACCGCGUAAUACCGCGUAAAUAUUAAACUGCACAUCCACUUG